UUCCGAGGGAGGGCAAAGGAAGGGUGACGUCAGCAUCCCUGGGUCUCCCGCUUGGCAUCUGAGGCCGCGUGGCGGGGAGUUGACAGCAGACCUCUCAGGGGAGUUGGGAGGGCAGAAUGGAGGCGACGGAGCCGGGGAGCCCGUCCUGAGGUCUCAGAGGGAGGGGCGAAGAGAGGAGGCUUCUCGCUGUUCCGUAUUGGCUCCCGAGUAACAGAUUGUAGGCGUGUUUUUCAAAUCAGAAAGGAAUCUCCUGGACUCAACCAUCUGUAACUAUUGCUUGGCAAUAUGGGGCUGUCUCUGUUUUUAAACAAAAAAUGUUGCAGGCUAGCCAUGUUUUCACAAGAACUGGUCCACAAAGAGCAACUCCUACGCAGAUUCCUUACCACCUCUUCUUGUCUUUAUAUGAACAAGAAAACCAGUGAGUACGAAUGCGUUGACCAAGAAAAGUAUGAAGAUUUGAUCCGCUGUGUCACAUCCAAAAAUAGUUCUCAAACACCCGAGUCAUUAUUUGAAGAAGACAAUAUGCGCUAUGGACCUGUAAGUAAACGUAAGCACCUAGCUAAGGAGGCUGACCCAUGCAUUCCUGGAAACUGGGUUCCACUCACGAAUCCUGCAAAGAACUCUCUGCUCCAGAAAGCCUUCUUCAAACCACCUCUGCAAAUCGGUUUACAAAGGGGCAAGAUGGCCAGUGUGACAACUGUUCUGCAGCAGACCAUGCCUCUGGAUCAGGCCUUUUUUCUGGAAAGAUGGAAACAGAAAAUGAUUCUGGAACUUGGACAAGAGGGUUUUGCAGAAUACACUAAAUAUAUUUUUCAACAAGGUAAGCUCUUCCAUGCAGCCCUGGAAGAGUUACUGUUAGCUGGAGAAAACCCUGUGAAGGAGCAGGAAGAACACAACAGCAUCUCUGGCUACUUAGCCAGCAUACAGCACGUGCUCCAAGAUGUCUCUGGAGUGAGAGCCCUUGAAAGCGCAGUACAGCAUGAGACUCUUCAGUAUCAAGGCCUAGUGGACUGUGUAGCAGAGUACAGAGGAACAUUAUGUGUCAUCGACUGGAAGACUUCAGGGAAAACAAAGCCACUUCUUCGGAAUACAUUUGACAACCCGCUGCAGAUUGCGGCAUACGUAGGAGCUGUUAACCAUGAUGCUAAUUAUGACUUCCAGGUUGACAGUGGACUCAUCGUGGUCGCCUACAAAGACGGUUCUCCUGCCCAUCCUCACUUCAUGGACCCUGAACUGUGUUCUCAGUACUGGAAUAGGUGGCUGCUCCGCCUGGAGGAAUUCGGAGAGAAAGGGAAGGACGGUGGGACUGGAUGACGGUUCUGGCCAAAGGGUUGCUCAGAUCUGGACCUGGCUUACAUGACAGCUGCUGCUCGGCUUUGAGCCUGGCAGAGCUAAAAGAUAUGAGGAAACACCCGGUUCCCAAUCUUGAGGGUGGGGGUGGAAAACUGUUGGGAGAAGGACAGAGUUUGAGAACAGCGGCGCCUUUAAGAUCGACAAAGUUCUGUUCUGAAAGCUUAUGCUCUGUCAUGAAGGCUUAUGCUCAGAAUAAAACUUGGUUGGUCUUAAAGGUGCCAUUGGGCUCAAACUUUGUCCUGCUGAUUCAGAUCAACACGGUUACCCACCUGAAUCUAUCUGCUGGGAAAAGGAUUGUGCACACACACACACACACACACCCAUCUUUGCCUCUGAGUGUCCGUUCUUGGCAAUUGUAUUGCCUUCUCAUGGGUUGAGAAUUGUAAGCGUAACUAACGAGAGAGUGGGCAGUGAGAGCGGAGAACUGACAAGCGCAUACCUUGUCAAAAUAGUUGGAAAGGAAAUGUAACGAAUUUGCCCUCUUCGUCCCUUCCCAUUAUGACUGUCCUGGAAAGCACAGGGCGAGGUGAAGCACAUGGAUAGUUGACCAUGCAACAUGCUGCUUUGCUUUGGAAACAGCAUCCUUGCCAGGCGGGUAGCUGAUGUGGGGAGUGCUGGCUAGCUGCUUUUGUUAGGGAUGCUGCUAAGUCUGAAUUGCAUUCACUUGUGCAAUACGCAUGGGAAACACUGCUGGUGUGACACUUACAUGCUGGAUCCCACUUGUGAGAUUUUUCCCCCUUUUGACUUUCUUGAUGGGGGGGAGGCCGGAAUAAAUGAUACUGUUUUUCC